AUGUCCAAAGCAAAAAACCCUACCUGGGCACUACAAGCCUGGGAAAGCCCAGGUCCCCAACCCCCGGUAAGCAUCCCAUCGAAUACAAACCCUCGAAUGCUGAAUCCGCGCACGCCUACUCCUGGUCUAACCUCUGAUCUGGCAGAUGUGGACUUAGAUCCGGAGUUAACAACCGAAUCUGAACUAGGGCCUGAAUCUGAAUCUGAACCAGAGCAGAGAGUGGCCUCUCGGGGUACCAACCGAAAGCGAUCCCGAUCUCAGACUCCUAGCCCAGCCCAAACAAGAAAGGAACACUCAAUCCUGAUCCAACUCCCUCUAAGCCGGCCUGCGUCGAAUGGAAAAGGGCUAGAGAAUAAAAGUUGA